GGGAACGUGGACUGGGAUAGACUCUUCUGUGGUCCAAUCAUCGUCUGAGCCCCACCCCGCCAGGGACGAAUGAGCCAAUCACUGUCUCCGUAGCACCCGGAAAGGGCUUGAGGCACUGUUCAGCGUGUCUGCGGACGGUGCGAGGGUCGGUGAGGUCAGUGCAGUCCUUAGCUCUUGCCAACCUCCCCGGCCCAGUUUCCCCUUUCCUUCUGCAUGCGGACGAGGGCGUCUGGGUCCCGGGGAUCCUGGUCAGAGCGAGGCUAAAUUUGCGAAAGGACUCUGGCUGUGUGGUUAGACCUUUAGAGGAGGCUCCUUAGGUUCUGAGAGCGGGACUGGGAGAGUCUGACACCUUUUGCGACUACGGCCACUUUAUCCUCCUUUCUGAGUCUCUUAAUCCCUAACACAGGGACCCACCAAGCGGCAGGAUGUCCUGGUCAUAUCUUCUCCGUGGUCUCAACAUGGCCCUAAGUCGUGGAAUACCCAGAGGGCUGCGGCAGUGAUGGCACAAGUGUCUGUCCCUGCAACACGGUGUAAGUGCUCGUGCUCCGUGUCACCAUGUCUAAGCAGCAUUCAGGCCUGGCCCUGGUACCCCAGCUCUGCGCCACCCGCCCCAUGGCUACACUGAACCAGAUGCACCGUCUGGGGCCCCCAAAGCGCCCGCCCCUGCGCCUGGGCCCCACGGAAGGCCGGCCGCAGCUGAAGGGCGUUGUUCUGCGCACGUUCAUCCGCAAGCCCAAGAAGCCCAACUCCGCCAACCGCAAGUGCUGCCGCGUCCGGCUCAGCACAGGCCGCGAGGCUGUCUGCUUUAUCCCCGGGGAGGGCCACAACCUGCAGGAGCACCACGUUGUCCUUGUGCAGGGUGGCCGCACCCAAGACCUGCCAGGAGUGAAGCUCAAAGUUGUGCGGGGCAAGUAUGACUGUGGCCACGUGCAGAAGAAGAAGUGACCAGCCAGUGCGCUGAGGCCUGGGCACCUGCAGAACAGGGACGUUCCUUGUGGGGUCUCCAGCGGGUCCUUCAAAGUCAGCUCUUCCUGUUCUAGAGGCAGCCGGUCCUGGGUUCAAAGCCCAGCUCUGCCUCUUCCUUCAGGAGCACCAUAGCCCAUAAGGUUCCCUGGGUGCUGUCAGCACCCUUGGCUUCUGUGUUUAGAGUUGGCCUGAGGGGCCUCUUCUGCCAUCACCUGGGAAGCACACAGGUCCCCACGGUUGUGAGGCAAACCGUCCCCACCUUUCUGCAGCAUUUGCCCUCUCACUGUGGCCCUGGCAGCUGCCAUCCUUUCUGGGCCUCAGUUUGCUCUUCCAAAAAAUAAUCCCAUUUGCAGUAUCCCCUCCGUUUCGUUUGGUGAAGAUUAAACUACAUGCCUCUGUGUACAGUG